AGAUGAACUCAAAUACACAAUACAUGUAUUGAUAGAAAAGUUAGACUAAAAUCGCGACAAAUAUUUGCCUAAAAGAUUAGCCCAUGUUUUGCGACAAUUGUUUGCAUUCAUCGCGUAUAUAAUGACCACAAAUACAACCCUUUAAUCGCUAAUUAAUACUAAUUAUUAUUAAUAUUUAAUAAUUUAAUAUUCAUUUCAUUCAAGCAUUCAAUACAACACUCAUAUCUGGUGAUGUUUGGCUUAAUCUUAUCGAUGAUCUGCGAGCGCCUGUCCGACAAGAAGCUGUUGCGGUUGUCUCAGCACAGGUACUCGGCCUCCGGGGCCACCCUUUUGGAUCCGCUGAUGCAGAGGUACUGGCGAUGGCUUGUGGAGCGAGUGGUGCCCCUGUGGUGGUCGCCCAACGCCAUGACCCUCGUAGGCCUGGCCUGCAAUAUCAUCACCGCCUGUCUUCUCGUCUACUAUAGUCCCGACGCCAGACACUCCAUCCCCGCCUGGCCUCUGCUGCUGUGCGCGAUCGGCCUCUUCGUGUACCAGACGCUGGACGCCUGCGAUGGCAAACAGGCGCGACGGACGAAGACGUCGUCCUGUUUGGGAGAGCUCUUCGAUCACGGCUGCGACGCCGUGUCCACCAUAUUCGUGUCGCUAUCGGUGUGUCUGUCCGUCCAAUUGGGCGAAUGCGUGUCCCUUAUGCUGAUCCUGCAGACCAUGGCCUGUGCCCUCUUCUAUAUGGCCCACUGGCAGACGUACGUCACGGGAGAGCUUAAGUUCGCCAAAUUCGACGUCACGGAGGCCCAGAUGACCAUCAUUGUCAUCCAGGUCGUGUCCGCCAUUUGCGGCACAGACUUCUGGACGUAUGAGAUUGUCCAUUCAGUGGGUCUGGACUUAAGAGUUGUGGUGAUGUUGAUCACGGCGUUCAACGCUAUAAUCAUAGGCUGUAGAUAUUUCACUGCAAUCAUAACCUGCGGCGUUGGCAAGAAUGGGUCGUCCGUUGCCAUUCCGUGGCUAAUGCAUGUGAAGUUGCAAAUGAUUCCCACAAUCUUUUCGAUAUGCAAUGAAGCGCUUAUAUUAUGCACGACAUUGAAACAGAUACUGUCGGGAGGGGUCGGCAAAAACGGCUCCACAGUUGCCGAUACGUCAAUAUUAUCUCCAUUGCCAGCGAUAGUCCUGUCGGUGGUGGCGGCGCUCACCAUAUUCUUCAAGUCCCCGUCAGACGUGUUCUCGCAACACAUUUGCUUAUAUCUGAUUACGUUUGGUUUGGUCACCGCCAAGAUCACCAACAAAUUGGUUGUGGCACAAAUGAGCAAAAGUGAGAUCACAAAACUGGACUCAGUAUUCAUUGGACCGUUACUUCUGUUUUUGAACCAAUACUUUAAUACAAUUAUUGAUGAAUACAUCCUAUUAUGGGUGGCAUUAGUGUAUAUUUUGUUGGAUUUCCUGUACUACUCGUACAGCACGUGUAAUCAAAUUGCCGAUUACCUCAAGAUUCGGGUACUUUCCAUACAAUACCAGCGCCCGCCGUCGACGCACUCGAGUCAGAGCUCGGUUAGGAAUAACGGAUCGGCCGACAACUCGACAAAUGGUAGGGAAAGCCGGCACCGGCCCUACAACUUAAGGCCUGACAAACGCUAGGAAAUGCCAGUAUUUGCUAAGAAAUAUUGAAAUAUUGAAUCCUAGAUAUAGUCUAUUCUCUACUCAUUUCAUCACAAAUUCCGUUUGCAAUCAUUUGAAUGAAAUUCAAUUAUAACUUAUACCAUAAUUACGAGUAAUUAUUUCCAGAAACGACUUAUUCAUUGGUUCUCUCGUGAAUAGUAGUCAGACAUUGAGUUGUAAUAUAUAAAUAUAUUAUUAUUACUGAUAAUUAUAAUUACAGAUUAACG